GACUGGCUGCCCCCGUUUGCCCAGCAAGCAAAGACUUUUGCAGGACUUGGUUGCCAAAGCGUUAUUUUUUUCACCCCCUUAACGUAGAAAAUUAGGGAGCAAAAACGCACAACGCGCUUCUCCUUCCUGCUGCCUUUAAGAAGCUGGGAAGUCGGCCUCGGCUGGUUCUUGGCCGCGGCUGAUUCUUCAAGAGCUCCGCGAUGGAUCUAGUGUUCCUGGUGAUCAACGGCAUGGGGAUAGUGUUGGAUCUGCUGGUAAUCCUGCUGGACAUCAACUUCUUCCUCGUUUCCAGCUUCCUCUCCAUCUUGAUCUGGCUCCUCGCCUUCGUUUACAACCUGCCCAGUGCUACGGUGGCCUGUCUGGGCCAGUUCUGGAAUGGGAUCCUGGUCGUUGUGCUAUGCAUCCUGGAGGCCUUGUCCUACUUGACCCUGGGGUCCGUGCACGCUGUCCUCAACUUGUUGAGGGGACUCUGCUCCAGCAUGGAGAGUUUGAAAGUCUUGGGCCACCUGUUCACCCACCUGGGCUUGAGAAGCAAAGAAAUUGUGCACCGAGGCUUCUGGAACCUGAUUGGCUCUGGUCAGACGCUUCUGAGACAGAUGUGUGAAGUCUGCGCCAUAGCCAUGAGCCUUGUGGCUUACUUCAUCAACAGCAUAAUCAACAUCUGCCUCAUUGGAACUCAGAACCUUUUUGCGGUGGGGCUGGCCCUGUGGGAUACUAUAGUUGGCCCCUUUCUGAGGAUCACGGACCUCCUGGUUGCCUUUCUCGCUCGCCUCUCCAGCAGUGCCAUUGCUACGGCCAUUCUCCUGUGGACUCCCUGCCAGUUGGCCGUUGAUCUCCUGGCCUCAGUGAGCAAGCUGCUGAUCAAUGUCUUAUUUGUCAACCUGUAUGGCAUGGUAUUGCUGUCUGCAAUUCUUGUCAUCAGCAUCUUCAUCCUGAACCCUCAGCUGACUUGGACCCUGGCAAACCAAGUGGCCGACUAUUUGAACACGAUGCCUUCCUACCAUCGCUUGCUCAGGGACAUGCAGCGCCUUUAUCACAUCAUGCUCUUGUCCUUGGAGAUGCUGUUGAGCUCUCACACCUGGCGUAGGUUGGCAGACUGGGGUCUUGAGGUGCUUAGUUGGAACAGGAACAUCUGGGCAGCUGACCAGCAGGGAGAACAGCAACCACAGCUGGUGCUUGAAGCUCCCCAAGAAAGGGCAGGGGGAGCUGCCGUGGCACAGAGACUGGCUCUAGAAGAACCAUAUCCACGGAGACAAGGGCCAACUGGGACCCCACGUCCCCGCCAAAGAGGCAGCAGGGACCAGACCAGAAUGGACAAUGAUCUGGGAACAGCCACACAACAGCCUCAGGGGGAAGGACCAAGUGCCUCCCAGACCAAAACUGCAAAAAAAGAGCAGCUAAAUGCUUUGGAAGAAGACAACGACCCUUGGCGGCUUCUUAAAGAACAAGAAGACCGGAAGAAGUGUGUCAUUUGCCAGGAUCAAACCAAGACAGUCCUCUUGCUGCCCUGCCGGCACCUUUGCCUGUGCCAAGAAUGCACUGAGAUCUUGCUGCAGCAGGCCAUCUACCAACGCAACUGCCCACUAUGCAGACAAAUGAUCCUGCAGACUCUCAACGUCUACCUGUGAGCUCUGCGAGAAGCAGCUUUUUGCCAAAGCACAAGAGGUCCCUGGCCUUUGGACCUCUGUAACAGCUGGUAAAGGCUCUCCGUGUCAAACCCCCCCCCCUUUUAAAAAAAAUUCCAGGGACACUAGUUGCAAUUAGCGGAACCUGAAAAAUGCUAUGAAUUGUUUUUUGCACUUCUGUUUUUAUGGUUUCUUGCUUUCAUAAGGGAAAAAGAAAACACCCCAAUUGCUGAUCACAGUUAAUAGUUGGGAAACUUCCUGUUGUGAGAGGUGAUGGUGAAAUCGUGCCCAUAUUCAGAUGUGAGGCUAAAAGAGUCUAAUGGCUGUUUUUCAUCCAGAGCACAAAAUGCACAGGUGCUGGAUUCCUGAUAUGUUGGGUUUUCUAUCAAUUGGUGUUUGGAACAAAGAUGUCUGUAGGGGACAUAGCUGAUAAACAGGUCUGAAAAUAUGAAUAAGAUAAUUCUGCCUCUAUUAUUGGAGUCAGAAUGUCUCCUGCCACUCUUUAUUUUUUAAAGUUCAUUGUAACUUCACCUCUGGAUAGUUUUAUUGAUCUCUGUAGAACAUUGCCUGACUCAUGUAACACACUUAUUAUUAAGUUCUGCUUCUAGAGAAGUCUAUACUUCCAAACCUUGAUCUGCAAGAGUUUGGUGCUACCCACCGAAGGGGAUGUUAACCUAGUGUGCAUUUAUCACAGCCAUACAUUGUAAAGUUUCACAAGGCACAAUUAAUGUUUUAGAUUAUAGUUCUUACUGACCAUCUCGAUGUCCAGUUUUAUACCAUGAGUCCAAAUAUUAUUUCCAAGACUCUAUGUAUGUUUGUCCAGAUUCCUGAGAAUAUAAGCUGGACACUGUGUAGCUGUGACAGCAGGUAGAUGCUUCAUAGAUUAGUUUAUUACACUUAAGGAAGAUCGUAUUCUACCUAUCAGCAUGCAAUUUCCACAGGUUAUCUAUGCAAAAUAGUACAUUCCAGCUCUGUUGCACAACUAAUUCCCUUCCCUCCUCUUUGGAGGAUAAUUUUGGGAACCUAAUAGCACCAACUACAGUUUGCUAGCUAGCAAAUGGCUCUUAUAAGCAGCAGUGGAAGGUAAAAGUGAAAUGGAUGGGUUUGGCCAGUGAAAAGGCUUUUUACGAUUCCUAAUCUGAACUGGUUUUAGAACACAAAGUAAGUUCUUGAUGUCAUAAUUUAAUUCUGGAAAGCAGAGUUGCUGGGGCUUCUAAGGAGACAUUGUCAAUCAGGGGUGUCCAACCUUGUUGGCUGGGGAAUUCUGGGAGUUUAUGUCCACAGGUCUUCAAGCGACCAAGGUUGGGUGCCCCUUUUGUAGAUCCUGCAAGGGUAAUUCUAAGUAAAGAAGGCAGUUGUGGUUACAGUGGUUUGCUUGACUUUUGGGUGAAGAGAGAUUGUUGUUUUGAGAGGCAGUCAUUAAAUAUCAAACAGGAUUGCUUCGAAAGCCAGCCCUGAGUGUGCCAAUUGUUGGGCGAUAAGUGCACCCACCUAGUAGAAUCAGUUGUUUUCUUUAAUAUUUUAAUUGGAAAAAACAUCUUCAGGCUAAAAUCCUGAAGAUAUUUGUUCUGUUUUUUGUUUUUUGUUUUGGAAUGGCUGAAUUAUUGAUAGCUGUUCCUUCUCUAAAUGGAACUUGGUUGAAACCGCAGCGCACAAUGGCCGGAUCCCAGCUAUGCAAAUGGGCCAAAUUGAAGUAGCCUUUGCAGAGGUGGGGGUUUGAGAAUGUGGCACACUUGCAUGGAAUCCAACCCUGUUGAUUUUAGGAAGUGUAUCUUUUCCAGGAAGGUUUGCCGAGAAGGCUAAAGCAUCCUGUGGAAAAGUCGGGUGCCUCUAACACAGGCUGGGAGGGCAGGGCUCAGUGUCUGUCUUGAGUAACGCAUUUUCAGAAACUCUGCUUUUGAGAUUGUUGCUUGACGUAUCUUUGGAGAUUGUGCAAUUCAAGUCCAAAGCCUUCAGGGCACUAAACCUGCCUUUGCACAAAGCAGAUUUUUCCAGCAUUAAAAAAACAACAACAACCAGAGUUCCUAUCCUGCUAGACUGGGAUGCCAAAGUCAGCUGUAAACAUUCUCAACAGCAGGUUUUGAAUGUGUGCCAUCCAAAUUCAAGGAAGAAAUCUCUCCGUUGAGAAGAUUUAUCAUCCAUUUGCAAGAGGAACAUUGUAUAAAGUGGAAUUUGCUGCUGUCUGUGUUUCUCUGGCUACAGGUGUAUAAGGAUCACAGCUUAGGCCUCUGCUGUCCUUUGACCAAUCUUGGCUACAUUUUUCACCUACCUGAACCAUUUGUUUUCUUCCUUCAAAACAAAAGGAGGAGCUAUUUUUAUUCAUGGAGGCAACUGGUUUUAUUUUUUACUGCAUCCGCAGCCAGGGAGACAUUAAAACCCCAGCCAUCAUCUAUGCUGGUUUUUAAUUUUGUUUUACUUGAAAAUAAAGUUGUUUUCUUUUUCUAAUCUGAUUUUAAACCUUAGAAUUAAAUUGGCAAAACAGUGCUUGACUGUAGCAGAGAACCGAGUUCCUUUUAUUUUGGGAAAAGCUGCAGGAUUCUCAGGAGUUGGAGGGGUAAAAUGAGGGAAUUGACCAAUUGCUAAACUGAGUGCCUUAAUGCUGGCAGUGCUGAAGGCCUGUGUUUGUGUGCAUGCAAAGAAGGGGCUGUUCAGGUCAGGGAAGAGAAAUCCAAUGUGAAUAGCAGCAGGCUGGAUCCAGAGAUAUAACUGGGGUUAACAUCAUAAAUAAAAUAGGCUGUACAGCUUCCAGAUGCAAGGAGGGACUCCUCUUUUUAUAACACUCAUGCUUUUUGUAAAUGCUUCUUAUAAAUUAAAGACGGGGACUCUAAAACAGACUUCCACCACCCAGGAGCCAAAUAGAGGUGAUGGUUUAAAGCAGGGGUCUCUCUCCAGACUUGGGAACUUUAAGACCUGUGGACUUCAAUUUCCAGAAUUCCCCAGCUGGCCAUGCUGGUCUAGGAGUUUUAAGUCCACAAAUCUUUAGAAUUGCCAAGCUUGGAGGCCUCUGCGUUAAAGGCUUCUAGUGACCCACCUGGGACAGCCCAAAGACUUAGGUUCAUCUUCUCUAAAGGUUACUAGGCCUGGGAGGGUAAUGCUAUACCAUCUUCCUGAAUUUACCUGGGUUCAGGGUUGGGAGAUGUACCUUGUUGUUUAAUCCAGUCCUUUUUACCUGCAAACUAGGAAGGGCGUUCUCUUUUUUUUUUUUUACGUUUGAUAAGGCUUUGCGCAUCCUGAUCUGUACUUGAGGAUUUCAGAGAAGUUAGAAUAAAAUAUAUUCUUCCUUGCCUGUCUCUGAAGAAUGUCCUUUUGGUUUUAUUCAGCCUGUGAAUGUUUAUCAUGUGCAGGUAAUUCCACGGUGCCGACCGUAGAGGUAAAGUUGGAGAGAGGAAAAGAUAAGUGUAGUUUUAACAGCAGAAGUGCCUGCUCUGCUUGUAAAGAGGCCGCCGCUUCCUCCUAAUCUGUGCCUUGUCCAAUCUGCUACGCAUUCCGACCCCCUUCCUGUGCGUUGUUGUGUUCUCACAAUCCGACUGCCUCUCUGGAGGGACCAUUUGGUUGCUUGGGUGAACUUCGCAUUAUGUAAACAACUUGACCAAUUAAAAAAAAAA